CAGACACCCUUCGUCAUUCAUCAAGAGAUAGCACAACAUCAUGUCAGGGAACAGCACACCCCAUCAGAAGGCAAGACACUUUUAUGUCAGGAGACAGCAGUUAUGACAAACAGAUAGCAGCACAUUCUAUGAAAGGACAGCUCAUCUUGACAAUAGAAUCCUGAUGACAAACAGAGAACGCUGACAUCACGAGAGGAAAACAUGUCAGUGGUAUAAACAUGUCACCCACACAGAACAUGUCUUUACAAAAUAUCUCACACAAAAGAUAACAAAACAACAACAACAAAGUACCAGAGACCCAGAGGAGAAUGUGACAGAGUGCUGCUGAGCAUGUAGGCAAAGUACAGUCUGCAGAGCAUUUCGCCCAGAUGCAGAGCAGUUCGUGCAGAAGACAGAACAUCUCACCCAGGCGCAGCUGAGUAUCUGUGGGAAGAAGGGAGUCAGAUUCAGCACCAGCCGGAGUGACCCUACUACCCUACACAGAGCUGCGUGUGAGUGCUCCCUCCCUCCUUCCUCCCCUAGUCUGUCCUCUGUGUUGCUGCUGCUACUGCUGGAGGAGGGAGGCAGCGCCGGAGCCUUGUGCUGCUGCUUGCUGUCUGUCUGACCCGGACGCCCGAUGUUCACUGACCUUCGAGCUCGGAUCGGAGAGAGGGACCCUGGUGGGAGUGAGGACUACAGCACGGAGAGGGUCAGCAUGGAGGCUGCCACUCACUAUAGACUUUGUCGAAACCUCCUGGAGCACACUGUGUCGGCCGAGAACCUGAAUCAUCGCUUUCGCCGUGAGAUUGGCAACAGCCUGACGUGGCACGAUGGGCGGGGUCACAGAGCAACUGGAGGCAGGGUCAUCAAACUUCUUAAACAGCCUGGAACAGAAGUAUCACAGGUCCGACCAAGUGAUCAAUACGGUAUUUAUCACACCAGUCCAUCCUUCAGCUGCCUCACUAAACCUGUAGUCCUGUGGACCCAGCAAGAUGUGUGCAAAUGGCUGAAGAAACAUUGUCCACACAACUAUCUCACUUAUGUUGAGGCCUUCUCCCACCAUGCCAUAACAGGCCGAGCUCUACUGAGACUUAAUGCAGAGAAGUUGCAGCGUAUGGGUAUCACCCAUGAGUCUCAGCGGCAGGAAGUUCUACAACAGGUUCUACAGCUGCAGGUGCGAGAGGAGGUCCGUAAUCUGCAGUUGCUCAGUCAAGGUGGACUAGCAGAAAUUACCGGGGGCUCUUCUUCAUUCCCCUGAGGCUUUGGGAACAGAGCUUCAUUCGGAAACUUCUCAUAGAAAGGAAUUCUCCGGACACUGUGACUGUCAUAAGGCACAAAGGUUACUUCCUGGUGCCGGAGUGGUUAGGAAUAACGCUGGGAUAGACUGAUAAACACCUCAACUCCCGUUACCUCCUCUUUUGGAAUCCUGGGGUUCUGUUUCGGUAAAUAAAUUGGAUCAUAUGCCGGGUGUAAGAACAAAGAAGAAGUGAGCAUCUUCUCUGGAGACUUCCUUGGCUGUAAAACAUAACUGAACUCUAACCCUAGAACCAAACCCCCGAAUACUGUAGUCCCAUUUUCACAGAGCAGUCCUGUUUUUAACUGUGGGCAAGGGGUGUGGCCUUCUGGCUAAUGGUGUAGCCAUAAGUGAUUGUGGAGGGGCCAGGGCUGAUUGUUGGAUGUGGCAUAAUAUUUCUGAUUUUUAUUAGCCAGGAUUAGUGGGAAGAAUGUAAAAAAGUUACAAAAGACUUCCUAGAAAAGGAAUAUAACUUUCUCUGUCAUCUCGGCUUGCAAAGCCACGUGGCUUUUGGCGCUCCAUAAUUUUAAAGUUCAAGUGCAUCAACAUAUUAGCAGUUUUUUUAUCACUGUAUUGCUAUUUGGACGGUAUCCGGACUCCAGGUCGACAGCACAAAGGUCGACACACCUUAGGUCGACGCCAAUUGGUUGACACACCUUAGGUCGACAUGGACAAAAGGUCGACAUGGACAGAAGGUCGACAGGAACAAUGUCGACAUGAGUUUUUCACGAUUUUUUUCUUUUUUUUUGAACCUUUUCAUACUUAACGAUCCAUGUGGACUACGAUUGGAAUGGUAAAGUGUGCCGAGCGAAGCGAAGGCACCAUGCCCGAAGCAUGGCGAGCGAAGCGAGCCAUGCGAGGGGACGCGGUGCACUAAUUGGGGUUCCCGGUCACUCUACGAAGAAAACGACACCAAAAAAACAUAAAAAACUCAUGUCGACCUUUUUCCAUGUCGACCUUGUUCCUGUCGACCUUUUGUCCAUGUCGACCUUUUGUCCAUGUCGACCUAAGGUGUGUCGACCAAUUGGCGUCGACAUUUGUGCUGUCGACCCUCAGUCCCAGACCCAUUUGGACAGCUGAAUCCAGUUAGCAAUCAGAACACAAGAGGUGUUAGUGCAAUUGAAUUCCAUACUUCUCUUUCUCCUUCUGGAAAAUCAAUGUCUAUACAGAUUCCACAGCUCCACGUUUCUGUCUGUUAGUUUGGAGAGGGGGUGUAACAAUGUUAUACCUGGGUAGGAUUCUCCUAUAGCAAUAAUUAUUAGUAUGAAAAGGGAAGUAUAAUGAGGAGGGAAGAAUCGUGUAUAAUUGUAUACAGGGAUGGUCUUAAUUUUUUUUUUAGUACUACAUGGGCCAAGCACUAGGAAGCUCAUAAAAACCAAAAAAACAACUUCCUUCCAAACUUGAUGUCCACAUUUGCCAUCUUGCUUGUGCUCAACUAAGUUAGGGUCAUUUGAGAACCCCCAGAUGAACACAUACCCUUUUAUGUUUACAAGCGUACUUACCUGUCCACUUUUUCCAGAUGCAUGCCUAGAGGCAGAACUACAACCACUGCAAGGGGCGAGGUUGCGACAGGAGUACUUGGUUGCCCCCCCGUUUCCUCCCGUCCAAGAUCCCUGGUCCCUGCCCUGCUCUCAAAUUUUGCAGUGGGGAACGGUCUGCACCUGUUAGUUUUGCAGGCUAUAUGGCGGAAAGCAGGAUGAACUCUCGACCAGCUUAGGGCCAUAGCCUUUAUUUAUUUACAGUUUCCCUUAUUUCUUCUAAAAUACUGCUUAGUUUAGUGUCAUGUAGGUCUUAAAUGUGAGUGCCAAAUGUUUAAACCCAUGCACAUGCUGCCAUCUUAAUCCAUAGUAUCAUGUGUUUAACCAUAAAAUAAGAGGCAUUUGCACAGAAGUAGGUAUCUGACGUCACAAAAGAAGAUUUACACUGUAACCUUGAUCUGUUUGGCUUGAUCUUGGACGAAUUACAAGCCACUGGAUUUAUUAAAGCAGAACUGGUGAAAAAAAACAAAACUAAAAGCAAAUGCCAGAAUAAUGAGAGACAGCGCCUGACUGGAGGAUGGAGCCAAUGCUACUUAGCACAUUGGCUCAGGGAUCUGUAGAUGUGUCCACCCCGUACCCCCCCCCACACACACACACACACACACACAGAAAACAACCGUGAAUGGUGUCCGUUUCCCAUGAACUGUAUGUAAUUUAGGGGCUUUAAGUCACUGCACAUUUCAGUUUUAAUCCUUCAAGCUGGAAUCCAGCAGUUUAGAGUGUAAAAUCGCUGGAUGGCAUUUGAUAAAUGUACCCAUUACUAGGUAACUGGCAGUGCUAGGUCACCAAAUACUGUAUUGUAUUUAAUAUUUUCCAGUUAAUGCAGCGUUGUAUCUUAUUACAGAUCUCAUCUGAUAGAAAAUCUCAACAAUGCCCAUUUUAAUUACUGUAAUGUGUUCUAAGAUAUUAAUGGGGCUGAUUCGGAGUCACAUAAGACAGCUGUAGGCAGCCGCAGAAGCCUGGUUUACUACCUUGUGCUAGUAAACCAAGCUUCUGGUUUACUAGCCCAAACCCAUUUCCGCGACAUGCCCACACCCAUUUCCGUGACAUGACAUCAUCACGUACACCUCAACUAGUUGGUGAUGAAUUUUAGCUGCUGAUGUGCCCUUUAGAUGCAGAAAUCUGAUCACACUAUGCACCUCAGUUUGUGACCAUGUGUCCGCCAGCCCCGCCAUAUUGCAACUAAUGUUGGACAGUAUGACUGAUAUGAGGCGCAGUCUAAUGGCCGUGAGGGGAAGCAGUGGUCUACCUACUCUAGCCUGACGGGAAAUUAGACUGAAACAAAGACCAUUACACAUGUGAGAGGUCUUGUUACCUUAUUGAGCCACCCCCGUAUCUGCACGUUAUGCUUCCCUUCCCCAUACAACUCAGAAUUGCAGUUUUUGAUACACACCCACACAUUCCCAUGACACUCCCACACAUCAGGGUGAUUAUGUGUGCUUGCUAUGUUGCCGCCCAAUUGCCAUAAUGUUACACCAAUUUCAAGGAAAGACAAAACCGUCCGAGUUCUGUACGACUCUAAACUGCAUUUGCGCAAAAAACUUAUCGCUUGAACAGAGAGCUGUCCAACUCCGAGUCAGCCUCUAAAGCUCAGGUACAAUAGCCAAACCUACAGCACAUGUUCUGCUUUUGUGCAAAUGCGCCCGAUUUUGACAGGUAAGCCCAUGGAUUUGCAGAGCAAUAUGUCGGAGUGUGUGGGAUGUCAGAGUAUGCACUGUUGCCCAGAUUUUUCACACAUGCUUGUUUUGGAUGGACAAUAUUAGAUUAAGGAAGGGGCUUCAUUCUUUUUUCACUACAAAAGGAAUUAAUAAUUCCAUUUACAUCUGUGAUGCCAGAUAUCUGGUCAGCAGUGUAGUAUGCAUAUGCACCUUCCUUUUGCAUCUUUGUGGAAAAUUACAUAUAGGCACACUUUGACCAAUUUAAUCAAAUCAUUCAGACACACAAAAGUGCCAAAUUUAAUAAGGAUAACACGUCACUAUCAUGAUUAAUAAAAAAAAAAAAAAUGAGCAGAAAAAUAUAGCUGUAAUGUGAAAUAUACUGCUCCUACUAAUAGGUGCUCCUGUGUAUAUAAUCAGUGCGAGUCCGUAUGUAUGACCACCUUAUUAUGUAGCUUACACAGAAUGUGAAAUCAUACAUGACAAUUACAGAUUGUGUAUAUAUAUAUAUAUAUAUAUAUAUAUAUAUAUAUAUACAUUUACACAAUCGGUGGCCACUUUAUUAGGUACCCCUUUCCAUUACUGAGUAGGAUCCCCCUUUUUCCUCCUAUGAUUAAAAAAAUAGCUUCUUGACAUUUUUCAAACACAGCCUGUAACAUGGCAGUUAGGAGCUGAUUGGCUGGGACUUUUGGGGGUAUUCAAUUGCCGGCAAAGGGUGCGCAUUGCCGUUGCCGCAGCAUUUGAACGGCAGCGACAGCACCCCGUCUUGCACACUUUACCAGGCCGAUAUGCACUCCGAUUCACACAAAAGUGUUCGCUACCCUAUGGGAUAACGAACACUUGUGUGAGAUCCUGCUGCCGCACAGAUUCAGCCGGGCAAACAAUUCACCGGCCGUUGAAUUCCUCCAUAAAUUUCUGUCCACGGCUUAGUACAUAGACCUCCCGUGGUACCUUAGCCUGUUGGAAGUUGCCAUUAGAGAAGUUGGGUAGACUAGGAAUAUAAAGGAUCAGCAACAUGUAGGCUGUGGUAUUUAUAUGAUGCCCAAAUGCUAUUAUGGAGCCUAAUGUAUGUCAAGAAAGCAUCCACCAUACCAUUAAACCACUACCAGAAGCCUGAACCAUUGACACAAGGCAGCAUGUUGUCUUGUCAGCUUGAACCAGUUUGCCCAUUCUCUUUUGAUAUCUCUCAGUAGGAACUUUCACCCACAGAUCACCCACAGUGUUGUUUGUGCACCAGUCUCUGUAAACUAGACUGUGGUGUAUGAAAAUCCCAAGAGAUCAGCACAACCAUCCUGAAUGGCCCCAACAAUCAUUUAACCAGUCAGAGUCACUUAAAUCCCAUUUUCUCCCACUUGUGGUUGUAUUGAGUAACAAUUGAACCUCUUAAACAUGUCUGCAUCAUUUUCUGUAUGGAGUCACCACCACGUGAUUUGCUGAUUAGAUAUUUGCAUAAUUGUGUACCUAAUAAAGUGGCCAGUGUGUGUGUGUGUGUGUGUAGAGACUAGAGAGAGAGUGUGUAAGAUUUACUGUAAAUAACUGUGCCAUAUACAAUAUUUAUUCCUGGGGAAGUAGCCUAUAAAGUUGUGAUCCAUGAUGAUUCUAUUGGGGCUGUAUUAUAUAAUACUAUAGAUAAUUAUACUAGUCUCUUAUAGCUGUAUCCUAAUGUUUUAGACUGUACAUAGGAACAUACUGUGCAUACAUCCAAGCCACCCGGAGAAGUCUUCCUAUUGCCCACAUAAUUGUAAUUGAUAAUGACGCCUGAAUGUCUCUGUAGUUAGAAGCCACAAAUUUCCCUCUCUGAGCUUAGUAGACAAUACCAUUAUUUUACUGUUAAUGGGGAAAAUCAUACUUUUAACGUGGGCAGGCUUCCUAUCACUGUGAUAUUAUUCCCUGCACUACAAGUUAAAGUGCCUCCACUGGCCAGGGUGGCGUUUACAAAAUGUGAAUGUUGGCUGGUUAUAUGAGGUCUUCUCUUCAUCUUUGGAGUUCUUCCUUUUUUAUACAAUUUUCAGAAUAAACAUUCAUUAAUAAUCUUGAGGCU